AAAUUUCCACAACAUAUUGUUCUUCUUUUCUUCUUCACCCGUUUUCCCGUAUCCUUUACUUUCCCAUUCAUAGUUUGUUGAGCCAUUUUCUCCUUCCAUCAAAAUUACCUUCACCAUUUCAUCUCUCUCCCUCUCCAUAAUUUUCUUUCCUCUUCUUUUCUUUCUCUUGCAGAUUUUUUCAACCAAUCAUCCAUCUUCCUAACCCGAUCGAUUCUUCCUAUGACAUGAUGGAAAAUUCCUCUUUCUAUUUCAUGAAUCAAGCUUUUUCUCUCUCUCGUUUUCCUUGUUCUAAUUGUUGUUGUUGUAGAAUUCCCAAUUUCUAGGUUUCCAUAAUCGUUUCCGUGAUCCCCAAAUUUCAAUUUGUGGGACAGUCGAUUUUCUUUUCUGUUAUUAUUUGUGAAUUAGGUUAUUGUAAAUUGUAAUUGUUGAUUUGAUUCGGAAGUGAGUUAUGCGUAUUGAGGAAUUGAAAGGAGGUGAGGUUGAAGAAGGUGGAGAUUUCGGGAAAUGGAGCUUUGUUGGUUCCGAUACGAAGAGGGUUUUGGUUGGAGCAGGCGCUCGAGCGCUAUUCUAUCCCACGCUUGUUUAUAAUGUUGUUAGGAAUAGGCUUCAGGCUGAGUUUCGAUGGUGGGAUAAGGUUGAUGAGUUUGUGUUGUUAGGUGCGGUUCCAUUUCCUAUCGAUGUUCCUCGCUUGAAAGAUCUUGGUGUUCGUGGGGUCAUCACGUUGAAUGAGUCAUAUGAGACUUUAGUUCCAACCACAUUAUAUCAUGCUCAUGGGAUUGAUCAUCUGGUGAUUCCUACUAGAGAUUACUGUUUUGCUCCUCCACUAAAUGACAUAUGCCGCGCUGUUGAUUUCAUACAUAAAAAUGCAUUGUCUGGACGUACUACAUAUGUCCACUGCAAAGCUGGACGGGGUCGCAGCACAACUAUUGUUAUUUGUUAUCUGGUGCACCACAAAUUGAUGUCACCUGAUGCUGCAUAUGAAUACGUAAAGUCAAUUCGGCCAAGGGUGCUUUUAGCUUCCUCUCAGUGGCAAGCUGUCCAGGAUUACUACCGCCACCUUAUUUUGAGGAGGGUUGUUGGAUUUUCGCCUGCAGUUGAUCUAUUAGUAAAGGCUUCUGAGGUCGCAGCAGCUUCACAAGAUCUUGUAAAAUUUGAUGACAAUUCUGUAGUUGUGGUAACAGAGAAAGAUCUUGAAGGAUACGACCCAAAUUGUCGAUCAGUAACCAUGUCAAGUGAAAUAUGGGCAGAUUUGAGCGUUGUUUAUCGUGUGCGAGUUGCUGGAGAGGCCGCAUUUGCAAGAAUGUCAUGCCUUUGGCUGCGAUAUGGUACCGACGAGAAGAUUUCUGCUGAAAAACUACGCAGAGAAAGCAGUUGCUCCAUCAGAACGAAUCACUUGGGAGGAAUUAGUGUUGACAUCCAUGUGUACUGAAAAAUUAGCCUAAGUUGUCUCUAAGUUUGACAUGUUUCCCUUGUUAUGCCCGAUAAUAAUUCAUGUAUAUGAUAGGGCUGAAUCAAUAACUCGUGUUUUCCUCUGUAUAUCUCGCUACUUUGCUCAUUUGAAUGCAAAUGAUGAGUGUCAUACGAUACGAGUCAAUCAAUCCACAUGCUUCCUUUA